CUUUGAUGAGGCCGCCUAAAUGUCUAAAUCUUUUUUGAAAUUUGCACAAGCCGAGCGAUAUGUCCAGCUUCUCAGAUUUUUCACUUUCUGACUCGUUGACACCUGCGACAUCUGCAGCCGUCGUAAGCUCGCCCAUUUUCGGGCUGAUGGAAAACUCUAGCCCCGAAAAUACCGUCGAAUCGAACUCUAGCCCCGAGAAUACCAUCGAGUCGAACAUGACAUCGGACAAUUCCAGCUCCAGCUUCAAUCGUUCACCUCAGGAGGAGCCCUCGACAGACACAUUAGACUUAACCGAUGACGUCCUGCAGGAGGCAGCGGACGACUCAUUUCAGCAUGAUCUAAUUGAAGCCGAAAUAGCGAGCAUUCGCCUCUUCUGCGAGGAAGUGGAUAAUAAUUUGACCCAGAUUGGCCUGGGCCCAGUGGGCAGCAAUUCAACGCCUAGGAAUCCAUAUGCUCGCCGUAAUAAUCGCUUAACGGGCAGGAAUGAGCCCGAAGAGGUUAUUGAUCUGUCCAAUCUAGAGUUUAUUCCACCUCGUCGCAGCGGAAGACCUCGCACUCCCGAGGCUGUUAUCGAUCUGUGCACUCCGGAGCCGUGCCGCCGUCUUCCGGCCUUCAUCAAUUUGACGGACUCGAGCAAUGAGCCCACAGCUGUCAAUCGGCGUCGUCUAUACGACAACAACCCGCCGGCAGCAGCUGCAGAGCCUGAUGCUGGUGCCUCGAGUCCAAAGCGUGAAUGCCUAGACUUAGACAAGUCGGACUCAUUCCGUGAAGCCUACAAAUGUCCCGUCUGCCUGGAAUGCGUUCGCACGCGCGAGCCCUACUCGACCAAGUGCGGUCACAUCUUCUGCAAGCACUGCAUCGAAACAGCUAUUUCUACCACCCACAAAUGCCCGCUUUGCAAUAAGCGCGCGACCAAGCGUUCGCUAUUUCGUAUUUAUCUUUAGGUUCCGUACCUUUUUAUGUUUAUCCUACAUUAUAAUUGUCUGUAUUCGCGUAUAAUUUAGUUGUUAACGAAUGGAAUGUUCCUCCUCAUAAAAAAAAUCACAUUUUCCCAGAA